AUGGCCCCUGCACUAAGGAUGACACAUGCAAACAAAGUUGAGCUUGAAAUUUUUUUUUAUAGUAGUAUAGUAGUAGAGCUCUUUGUUUUUUGGAGCACUAUGUUUUCUGGAGCUCUAUGA